GCGUGAGUCAUGCUGAAAGUUCCAGAAAUUGAAUUGCCUGGAUCGCACGCCCUGCAUGCUGUCAAACGGGAGGGAGAUCAAUGAUUGCGGCAUCCGGGUGUUAGUCGGGUUCAACUCUAAUCGCUAUCUCUCUUGUGUAUAUGAUAAUAAGAGACGCGAUUCGUGCCAUUCGACAGGCUCACAGUAUUCAAUUGACUCCAAUCGACGCCAGCAACCGCUCUUUCUUGUUCGCGGACCGGACCGCACAGGGAACCACCAAUCCAGGCCGGCGUGUUACCACUCGAGUGUCCACCACUUUGCUAUGAUUCAGAUCUAUCCUUCGCGUACUGGCUAUCAUGGAUCUUACCAGCCAUGACCAAGUGCAGGAGGCGACGCGCCUUGAUCGCCUAGGCGUCGAGCUUGUGCGGUUGUACCGCGAAACCGGAAACAUAGACCAUCUUCAUGAAUCCGUGAAACUCGCACGACAGGCAGUAGAUCUAUGUUCAGAUUCAGAGCGCCCAGCCUAUCUCAGUGAGCUCAGCAGGCGGCUUCGGGAGCGAUUUGAGCGAGAAGGGAAGGUUCAGGACUUGUCGGAAUCUCUGCAGCUCGCCCAGCAUGCUAUUAUUGCAAGUCGCACGAUCUCGAGACGAAUACUCGACGAUGAAUCUGAUUCCCCAGACGACCGAUCAGCCGAAGGCUCCCGAUCAGUGGAGGCAUCGAGUACAUUCUCUCCCAUCGAUGAGCCGCAUACUAGCUGUCCAAACAGUCCUAGCUCUUAUCGAGGCUAUCCAUUCUCAAGACUGGAAGAUCUGGGCGGUCUGGAUCAGACCAUCAAAGUUACACAGGAGCCAGUAGAGUUCGAAAGCGGGAGUCGUCAGGGAUGGAUCAAGUAUCUUAACAAUCUAGGGAUCCGCUAUCAGAAGAGUUUCGAGGACUUGGAGAAGGCACUGGAGCCUGACAAUGCGUUUGAUACGCCAAAGCAAACAAUCAACAGCUCCAAUGAUACCAAGCUUGUUGGAGGAGCCAUUCAUAUCGAACGGCAGGAUACUCCACUGGGAAAUCGGCUCAAUAGUACUGGGGUGAACCUUCAUGCGAUAGAGACUCCAGAUCCGACAGAUGACGAAGAGGAGGAGGCCUUACAAGCGACAAUGGCACAAGAAUCGAUGAUCUUCAAGCGUCUAGACAGCCCUCUUUCCCUGUCGUUCGGCCCAAACAGCGACAUGGACUCUCGAAGGAGUUCUGCUUACUUGGCACAAGCUACUUGGGAUACCACCCCAAGCGACGCGGGUGAUUUUGCAGAUAUCCCAGUAUAUCUGGCCGAACGGUUGGGAUACCAUUCUGAAACCCCGGCGAGAGUGGCCAGCUUGGAACAAGCCAUUGAGCUCCAGACCAGAUUUCUAGAGGCCACGCCCCACGACCAUCCUUCGCGGACGGAUUACCUGCUAACAUUGAGUAAUCACCUCCAUUACCGAUACCAGACGCUUGGAAGCAUAGAGGAUCUGGACAUGGCCAUUAGGAUGACCGAGGAGGCAAUCAACCUGGGACCUGUAAAUGAUUCCGAGCGGUCCGUCAAUCUGUGUGCACUGAGCCGUCGUUUACGGGACCGUUAUAUGAAGACCGAGGCCGUGGCGGACAUCCGUGAAUCGAUCCAACUCGCUCGGAAAGCUAUGGAUGGGAUAUCACGCGCCAAUCCUAACCGUGCUAUUUGCCUCAAUGAACUGAGCAUCGGACUGGAGAUCAGCUUCCUGAGGACCGGCUGGUUGACCGACCUUGAAACCGCAAUCCGCGCCAGUCAGGAGGCCCUAACAAUUGCUUCUCUGGACGAUCCUAUCCGUGCUGAGCUUUUGUACAGUCUGAGUUCUCAGCUGACGCAUAGGUUUGAGCAAAUUGGCGCCUUGGUGGAUCUGCAAGAAGCAAUUUAUCUCAUGCAGAAGGUUGUUCAUCUAACUCCCUUCAACCACCCUUGCCGAGUCAGCUUCCUAUACACUCUUGGCAAUCAAUUCGGUAGCCUUUACAAACGAACGGACACUGUGAGUGAUCUCAACAGAGCGAUCGAGAUGGGACAACAAGCAUCAGCAAUAGUUCGAGAGGAUGAACCGAUUCGCGUCAGCAUUCUGAACAGUCUGAGUGUUCAUCUUGGAGCUCGUUUCCUCAAGACUAAAUCUACUGCGGACCUAAACGAAGCAAUCUUGCUCGGACAAAAGGCGUUGAACAUGAUUCUCUACCGUCACCCGGACCGUCCUGUUUUACUACAUAAUCUGAGCUGCAGGCUUCUCGAUCGUUUUCGGAGUCAGGGUCAUCUCUCUGACUUGCAGGAAGCUGUUCGGAAGGGUUCUCAAGCAGUCGAUGCAGCCCCCCAGGGACAUCCCAACUGUGCAAUGUACCUAAAUCACCUUGGUUCCUUGCUCAGGGAUCCAUGUGUCCAAGGGGGGCAGAUAAUCACUGGCAAUCGAGAGCCCGUCGCUCUUUUUACCGAAGCUCUUCAACAGUACAACGCGCCGCCUCUGGAUCGCAUCAAGGCCGGCCAAAACGCCUUCGACUGUCAUGUUAGGAAAGAGGACUGGGCUAAGGCUACGACUGUAGCCAGAGAUGUUGUGCAGCUCUUGCCGUGGUUGGUACCCCGCUGGUUGAAUCGUGAUGACCAGCAACACCUGAUCAAGAACAUGACCAAUUUCUCAUCACUGGCUGCAUCUGCUGUGCUCCAGGCGGGCGGCUCGGCCGCAGAGGCUGUCGAGAUGUUGGAAGCUGGCCGGGGCGUCAUUGGCAGUCUGACCAUCGAUCUACGCGCUGAUAUAUCCGGCUUGCAGCGCAUUGACCCGCUGCUGUACAAUCAAUACAUACAACUGCGUCGACAGAUUUUGCUUCCGUCCGGCAAUGGCAUGGCACCCAGUGCGGACACGCUCAAGCAUCAGCGAACCCCCGGAUCGUUGAACUUCCAAGGGCUGAAGACUAACUUUUCGAAUGCUAUCUCACGACGGACGGAGAGUAUGAAGGAACUUGAAGCCAUUGAGCAGAAGAUUCGGACUAUCUCCGGGUUUGAGCAUUUCCGCGUUCCAUUAUCGGCGGCCGACUUUGUCGAACUUGCCCAGAAAGGCCCUGUAGCAGCGUUCAAUGUUACCGAAUACCGAAGCGACGCCUUGAUUGCGACCAAGAGGGGUAUUGUUAGCAUCCCUCUUGACCUAUCCUUGGAUGAACUGAAACGCAAUGCUGCACGUCUGGUAGGGAAUGAACGGCUAUCUCGUGGCAAGCCGAGCACCAAGGCAAAACGGAACAAAGAACUCCGGGAUAUAAUGCAGUGGUUGUGGGAAGCAGCGGUGCGGCCGGUUCUCUUACAUUUGGGGCUCAUGUCGACCAAGCCUGAACACCAUGUUCCGCGGUUAUGGUGGGUGGCCAGCGGGUAUAUGGGUCUGUUUCCGCUACACGCAGCUGGGGAUGAGCAGUCUGUGACUAUGGACUACGUUAUCUCCAGCUACACGCCCACGUUUAAAGGACUCCGCUUCUCCCGCGAGAAAGGACAGCGACCUUCCCCGCCGGACGCAGAUGUAAAGAUGUUAAUCGUUCCUGUGCCUGAGACCAUGGGCAAGCCUAGUCUGAAGACACAUGAUGAGAUUGAAGCGAUCCAGAGAAGUAUGGGAUCUGUGACAUAUACAGUCCUCGAUAUGCCGUCCAAGACGGAUAUCUUGCGUGAACUCCCCCGACACCAUUUCAUUCACUUUGCAUGCCACGGGUCUCCGGAUCCAAACAAUCCUUCUGAUGCGGCAUUGCUGCUUGCACCCGGCCAUGACGGAAAUCCUGAGCGGCUUACCGUUCGAGAGAUCUCGAUGCUCAACCACGACGACGCCCGUCUGGCGUACCUAUCUGCUUGCUCCACGGCGGAGAACUCUGCGGAGGAACUCAUGGACGAAAUCAUCCACGUCGCCAGUGCUUUCCAGCUGAUUGGGUUCCCGCAUGUAGUUGGAACCCUCUGGGACACCAGCGACAAAGCCGCCGUUCAAGUGGCUAAGCUCUUCUACGAGGAAAUUGGGCGCCGGCUAGGUGACCCUUCGACUUCCCGCUGUCAUGACAUUGCUUAUUGCCUGCACCAAGCGCUUCAGAGAAUCCGACUGAGCCCAAGAGUGGCUCGGAGUAAGGACGUGCUGUCGUGGGCACCGUUCAUCCACAUGGGUGCAUGAAGACAUGUCUCUUUUAUGUUUGAUACGUACAGCACAGUAUAUCUGCUAUGACCAUUUUCCGACUCAAUGAAUACCCCUUGAUUCCACGACACGACAAUGUUUGAAAAUGACGUUCACUUGAAUGAUGAUAUUUCCUAUAUAGAAUGAAACCAUAUCAGUCAGUCUUCUAUCCACCCCAGAGAAUGGUCUUUCAGACCUAUAUCGGAAUCGGAGAUGUGAUCGUGCCAAUCUCGCGGUCUAGAAGCAUCAAUAUCACAAUUUCCAUAUCAAGUAGCCAUCGAAUAAAUAAAUAAAGACCACUGUGAUCUUCUAGAAGAGACAAGAUCAGAUCUUAGACAGUGCGAGGUGGUUAACUUGGUUAACUAGGUAACUACUAACGAGUACGUAACGGACUAAUA